GGGGGCCGAGAAAUAUGACGGGGACACUAGGUAGCAGCAGGCCGUGAGUCCGUAUGGGUCUGUAUAUAUCGCAGGUGCAUGGCAGAAUAUGCAUGUUCGUGCUACCAUACCCCAUUGCGCCCCUUGCCUCCCCUCCCGCUCACCCGCCUUGCUGGAAGAGAUUACGCCAUUAAGCGAGCGGACAAGGCCAUCGACAGAACGACACCAAAGACUACAAAGGUGCUCUUGCAGCCUGCCGUCUUCCAUUCAUGUCCUUGCCUCGGCAGCGUUCUCUCCGCCAACAGCUUCCGAGUACCUACACGCCUGCCUCCCUCCGCGUGGGCUUGUCAACCUACCCUGGACGGCCGAUACUCUCCUUGGGCCCCCCAUUUUCCCAAUCGCGCGCCCUCACAUCACGCCAUGGCCGACACAAGACCGGCCUCUUCGGCGGCGUCGUCCGUCACGGCAACCGAAGCUGGGGUGGACAGCGAGUCCCUCCGCCGCAAGGAGAUGAUGCUUUCAAACUGGGAGCUCGUGACUGACCCAGCUGGCGUCAACUCCCUGGUCCUGAACCACACAUACCAGGGCCGCGGCACCGAGGAAUCGCCUUUUAUCGUUGACUUCCUGCCCGACGAUCCGCACAACGCCAAGAACUAUCCCCGCUGGAAGAAGUGGUGCUUCACCAUGCUCCAGGCCUUUGCCUGCUUGGCCGUCGCCUUUGCGAGCUCCGCCUACUCGGGCGGCGUGGUCGACCUCAUCCGCGAGUUCCACGUCACACCCGAGGUCACCAUCCUCGGCAUCUCGCUGUUCGUUGUUGGCUUCGCCGUCGGCCCUCUGCUCUGGGCGCCGCUGUCUGAGUUCUAUGGCAGGCAGAUCCUGUUCUUCUUCACCUACUUCGCCCUGACUGCCUUCAACUGCGGGGCUGUGGCGGCGCCCAGCAUGACGGGCCUGAUCGUCCUCCGCUUCUUCGCCGGCGUCUUUGGGUCGUCGCCCCUGACCAACUCUGGCGGUGUCCUCGCCGACAUGUUCGAGGCCGACGAGCGCGGUCUCGCGACGGCCAUAUUUGCCGCGGCUCCGUUCCUGGGGCCCUCGAUAGGACCCAUCGCCGGCGGAUUCCUGGCUCAGGCCGCCGGCUGGCGCUGGGUGGCGGGCCUGAUGGCGGCCUUCACCGGCAUCCUCUGGAUCGCCGUCUCGCUGUGGGUGCCCGAGACUUAUGCGCCGGUGCUGUUGCGCAAGCGGGCCGACAAGCUCACCAAGCUGACCGGCAAUGUGUACGUCUCGCGCAUGGACUCCCUCCAGCCCAAGCAGACCAUGAUGGCCAGGUUCAAGGUGUCCCUGUCGCGCCCGUGGGUUCUGCUGUUCCGCGAGCCCAUCGUCCUUCUGACCACCAUCUACAUGGCCGUCGUGUACGGAACCAUGUACAUGAUGUUCCCGGCCUUCCCCAUCGUCUUCCAGCAGGGCCGCGGGUGGAGCGUGGGCGUGGGCGGCCUGGCCUUCAUCGGCAUCACCGUCGGCAUGUCCUUCUCUGUCGUCUACGCCAUCUUUGAUAACCGGCGCUAUGCCAGGCUCGUCAAGGAGUGCGACGGCGACGUGCCCCCAGAGGCCCGUCUGCCGCCCGCCAUCAUCGGCUCGGCCCUGCUGCCCAUCGGGCUGUUCUGGUUCGCCUGGACCAACGGCCCCGAGGUGCACUUCAUCGUCCCCAUCAUCGGGUCGGGCGUGUUCGCCGCGGGCCUUGUGCUGGUGUUCCUGUCGCUACUUAACUAUCUGAUCGACUCGUAUGUCGUCUUCGCGGCAUCUGUACUUGCCGCCAACAGCGUUUUGCGCUCGCUCUUUGGCGCCGCCUUCCCUCUGUUCACAUCACAAAUGUACAAAAGCCUGGGCAUCCACUGGGCCAGCUCCGUGCCGGCCUUCCUGGCCCUGGCCUGCCUGCCGUUCCCUUUCCUGUUCUGGAAGUACGGCGCGUCCAUCCGGACCAAGUGCAAGUACGCAGCCGAGGCGGCCGAGGUGCUGAGGAGGAUGCGGGCUAGCAACGAGAUUGUCAACGAGGACGAGGCCGUCGAGGAGGCCGACGAGCUGGAGAGGCGGUGGACGCUUGAGCGGAGGCAGACGCGGAGGCAGUCUGAGGCGAGGCGGAAUUCACACGCUACCGAAGGCAGCCAUGCCCAGAUGCAGGUGAUGGAGCUGGAUGAGAAGGGGAAGAUGGUCAAGGAACAGUCUUGAUGCGUUGGCUGUGUUUUUUUCUAGCAGAGUUGGAUACCUAAUAGACAUGAAUUAGGUUUGACCUUGUCGCUUUGGCUAGUGCACGUUGGUUGGUAUCAUUCAGCGCACAUCAAUGCAUUUUCCAAUCAUAUUCGUGACUCGACGGCUACGUCGACCAAGCGUUGGCCUAAGC